AUGCAAGGGACCGAUUCAAAUACACCGACUACACAGACCUCAGCCGCUAUCACACCUGAAGCUGGCUCUUCAGUCCCAAUCCUUCCGAGCAGGGAGCACAACCGACUUUUAUACCCUCAACCACACCCUACGAUACUCUCUUCUACUUCACCAGAACCAAAAUCAAAGAAGGAUAAAGGAAAAUCGAAAGCGAGAGAUCCCACACCCUCAAUUUCCGACUGGAAUCCAGACGAUGACGACACAGACCAAUCCGAUACCGAUCUUGAUCUCAGUCAGGCACAUUCCCGCCAGCCCUCGCCUUGUGACAAAGCUAAAAAAAGCGGCCCUCCUCCUGCUAAGAACCCUGAAUCAGAGGUUCCACAAGAAAGCUCUGCUAUGCCUGAGAGCAGAACACCAGAUAUCGAGAAUCUUCACUUACUUUUGAUGCGGACUAACCAAAAGGUUGAAUACCUCGAAAGUGAAUUGAAAGCAUUGACUAAAGUUGUACACAAGUUGAGUGGACUGCUUGGCGAUGGUGCUUCUACUCCGAGCCCCAGCAAAAGACGCGGAGGACGUACUGCCGAUCGCAUCAGAUUUCAUGUUGACACACUGCUAGGUAUCAAAGAAGGCUCAAAGCUCCCCAAUCCGACAGACGAUACAACGAAUGUACCAGAAGACCCUUCCACAUCAGGAACUCGCGACGAAACUGAUCCUUGCUUCCCUUAUGAGAACGGACCUGGUCAUAAGGAUGCAACACCUCAACAGCUUCAAAUCAUGAAGAGCAUGCUGGAAGCUGCAGGUCUAUCAAGCUUUCGUCCGGAUUUCUCAAAGUCAGCCGCAUCAAACGGAAACAAGUGGAUCUGGAAUGUUGCUUCAAAAAUAUUCUACAAGUUAGUUGAGUGCGGGGAGUACAAUGGAGUAGCUACUGGUGGAGCGAAUGACACUCUCAUAACCAAAUGUUUGGAUACCUAUGCUCGAUCAUUAUCAAAGCGAUAUCGAUUGCAAUCAUGGGAACCAGAGCGUCUAGAAAAGUCACAAAGCCGAGUCCGACAAGCUGGUAGACUUCAAAAAUAG